GGGGGACCCUCCGCUCACCGAAGAUCAACGGUCUGGAUGUCAGAGGAAAGAUUUGGCGCUCUGAGUUUUAUAGAAAUGAUUUAUGUUGAUUAAUUGGAGCUAAAGGGAUAGAAAAAUAAGUAAAAGGGGAGAGAGAGAAAGAGCAUGGCUUCCGUACACUGCGAAAGAGGGGGCUUCAUCUAAGGCAGCCACUUCGUUCCUCAAGGGCACCUUUCACGUUCUUCCUUCUCCCUUCCGUGGAGGAUUUUUGGGGGUGUCCUGGAGUGGGUAGAUUAAGGCUAACGUGGAGAAAAGCUUAAGGUUCUGCUUGUCUACUUCGGCGUGCACGUUAUAGCUGACAAAACUUUAUGAUAUGAGCGGCAAUUUAGCAGCAUACUCCCUAAGUGGGUGCGAGAACUGCUCUGGGUGAAGACUCGAAGUCUUGUGACAAAUAUCACUUCUCUCUUUAAAACCAUUGGGACAGAGUUCUGGCUCAUGACCUUCUGGGAUUGUUGAAGAAAAGCAACAGAGUUUCUAUUGUCAUGAAUAGUUUAUGAACCGUACAUCACUUGAUAUUAAAAGUAUUUGUAGGGGCUGCCAAGUUUGGUAAAGUUGCACAAAAGAUAGCUAAGACGGGUUCACUUUGUUGUGUGGCUGCAAGGCCACAUGGAUCCAAUGCAGGAAGCCAACGUUGGUCCAUGGGUCCAAACGAGCCUUACUGGCAAACAAACUCAAGCUUUUCACCUCCAUUAUCAAGCAGGUGGGAUCAAAUGUUUCAAUCUGAAGGUGUGUCACACAGUGCUCGUGGAGGCUUGCAGCUUUAUGAUUCAUCACAGUCUUCAAAUAGUAAAGAAAGCAGAGGCUGGGUGAGAAAUGACCAGUUCCCCUGUCAUCACUACUCUGCAUCUGAUGGUAUUGUAUCCCAGUUUAGCAGCCCAUCUGAUGCUCCUCAACAUACUGCACCUUUGCAGGGAGUUGGUGUUGAUUCUAUAUCAACUACACUACAAGAACCAGCAUCCAGUUCACUUCUAUUUCCUCAAUCAACGGAGGGACACUUUGGCUUCAGGACUUCAGCAGCUCCUAACAGCUGCAGCUCAACAUCACAUUCAGAUGCUAGUGAGUGUGAACACAUGGGGAAAUCGCCAACCCGUUUCUUACCCCGGAACUUUGCAAGUCACUGCUCCUUUAUGUCAAAAUCUGUCCACCCUCUUUCUUUUCCCAACCAAGGUUCUGAAAUUGAAGCUCACGUUUCAAGUAUUAGCAGUAAUACUAAAGACAGAGGGAUAACCUCUAGCACUCUUCAUUCAGACUCCAAGUCUUCUCGAGCAUUUGAUGAACCUCAGCCAUUGCUAGGUUCUUCAGAUUUGAGUGCUGGUUUUCAGCAUGAUGGUCUCCUGCAGAGCAGCUCUAGUAGCAUUGAUUUUACUGACAUCUCUGACCAGUUUGACCUGGAGUAUUUUGGGCUUUCAUGUAAUAUGUCUGAGUCUCUAAGAUGCGGAAUAUGUGAAAGAUUAUUGUCUCAGAGGUCUCCAUGGAGUUCUGUUCGAAUUGUUAGAUGUGGUGACAUGCCUGUUGCUGGUGUUCUUUCCUGUAGCCAUGUCUAUCAUGCAGAGUGCUUAGAACAUAAUACCCCAAAGUUUCAAAAACAUGACCCUCCGUGCCCGCUUUGCGCUAAGUCAGAUGAAGAGAUUAGGGCAGUCCCUGAGCAACAUGUUCUAGGUUCGAGGAUGAAGAGUGGAUUUCCCAAGCUUAAGUCAACUGUUGAAGAUGAUGCAACAUCAUCAAGAUCUUGGAGUUGUGGACAGUGGGGAGAUUGUGUUGAAGGAACAAUCCAAGCACCUGUUCGUGGGAACUUGUCUUCUUUGAACAAACACCAUCUUAAGAAGCAGUGUACAAAAAGGGGGAACUCCAGCAAAGAUUUGCCAGAAUCAGUCGUGAUAAAGAAAAGGGGUUUGUUUUCUUCCAAAUUAUUCAAUGGCAGGAGGACCAUGCAUCCAUUUGCUGCUAGGGGGUGCUCAAGGUCAACACCAUCUGUUCACUCAUUGAAAGGAUGGUGAAAUCUAAAUUGUUUGUCAUUAUGAAAUUUCUUGUCUUUCA